AUGACUCCACGUCGUUCCUCUCGCGCUCGAACAUCCCAACCAUCCGCCGCAAUGCAGCACACAAACUCAUCCAGUUCGUCAAACUCACUCAGCCGUGCCGAAAGGAGCACGCGCUCCAAUAACAUAAUCUCUUCCCCCCGCAGACCCUCCAUCCAACGCUCCGAGUCCACCGAUGACCUCGAGCCAAACGCUAGAUCCGACCUCCCACAAACGCGGCAUCGCCAUCGAGGCCGAAACAACGGCGAACCAGACGAUGCCCUCCAAGCUCCGGGCGAUGGAUAUGAUGAAGAAGAGGGGGAUGAAGAAGAAAUAACUAGAUGUCUCUGUGGGCAGCAGGACUACCCUGGGCUUCCGCUGAUCUACCAGGACGCAGGCAGCGCUAGCGCCACAAAACAGGGUAUGAAGGAGGACUCGACCCAGGGAGCUUCAGGUUCAGCUGAGGACAUGCAGUCCGACGAGCCUGGGAGCUUGUUCAUCCAAUGCGACUCCUGUAAGGUCUGGCAGCAUGGAGGCUGCGUGGGGAUCAUGGAAGUGGCAUCGAGUCCUGAUGAAUACUUCUGUGAAGAAUGUCGGAAAGACCUACACAAGAUCAUUACAGCUUCGAAUGGCCAAAAAUCGUCUCGCUAUCUACCAGUGGUUGGCUCGUCGUCCUCAUCCUCCUCUAGAUCCUCCUCCCUCGACAGUUCCCGAAACCCAAAGGAUAAAAAGACCCGCAGCAGUUCAGGGCCCCUCAGCACCAAGCGCCGCUCGACUAUGAAUAGCCGUGAUGCUGCCUAUGACGAGGAACAGCUGCGGCGAGCGAUUGAGGAGAGCAAGGAAGACACCAAAUCAAUCACUGACGACCUUGGAAGCCGUAGAGGCAAACGAAGUCGAAGCGACAGCGAAGCGAAUAAGCACGCUGCGAAGCGCCAACGUACCGGGUCUCCUGCCUCAUCUCUUUCAAAACAUAGCAACUCUGUAUCCCACCCACCGUCAGAUGACGAAAGCAAACCCAACACCAGUACUUCUCUCGAAGGCAAUGGGAAUAGAAAGACUAGAGGCGUGGCUAGAAUCCAGCGAGAGAGGGAAGCUCAAACUACGGACAAAGAGCCAGAAAAGGAGACAGCAGAGCCUAUAAACCGACGAAAGAGUCGCUCAGAUCGCAGGAAAGAUGAUGAAGAACCUUCCGAGACAGUCUCGCCAACAAAGACGGGCUCGGUUCCUCCCACUAUCACCCAAUCCACCCCUGACACGCCCAGCGUCAUAAACGAGCCAUCCAUCACAAAACCUUUGACCCGCAAAACGGGUCGUCCCCCAGCCCGCCGCGGUCGACUAGGUCGAAAUCAGUAUACUCGAGACCGCGACUCGGUAAACGGCAACGACAUCACCGGCAGUAUCAACUCUCCUCGUCGGGGCCAAUCUCGAGACACUGGGACAGGCGAAUCCCCUACAGGUGGCCAACUUGGAGCAAAUGGUGUCUACCUUAACGGCGGGGAAUCUGGAAAACCUAGUAAACCACGAUAUAUGAACCCGCAACGUACCACGAUGAACGAGAUGAAGAGGCGUGUUGCGGCCAUUCUUGAAUUCAUAUCGCAAUUACAGCUCGACUUGGCUUCUAGCCCAGAACAGAUCAGCGGGACUGGCGGAGAGCUGGCGUCUGGAGUGAAGGCGGCUGCAGCGCAAAUAGCCAAUGGCGACCAUACUCACGGUGAUCAAGCUACGACUGAUGUGGCAGAAAAGGUGGAUACAAAUGGGAGCACGCAGCCCAAGGAAAAGGAGUUUAAGGAUCUAACGAGCCUUGAAAUGAUGGAUGCCCUAACGAGGAAUCUGGUCAAGUGGCAACAGGAGUUUGGGAAGUAUGGAGAGAAGUGA